UUGUCUCAGAGAUUUACGAGGAGCACUUGAAGGCAUCGCUUUACCACUGGACUGCGUGCGCUCCGCUGGAGGGGCAGAACUUCAACAGCACGCAUAUCUCCGAUGCCACAGUCUACCGCACUCGUGCAGUUGUGGAUGCUUCACUGGAUGCGAAGAGGACUAAACACAACAUGUUCAUCUGUUAGACAUGCAUCUAAGCGCAGAUCUUAACCUGUACAAACUGACAACCGUGUAUAUGUUGGAGGGAGUUCGAAAAGUUUUCUUCUAUGUCUAAUUAAGGGAGUUUUUGUUCUAAACCAAAAUCAUGUUCACAACCUACAUAAAGAGUCUGAAUGAUAUGGUAUUUUCUACGUCUGAGAGCCCCGAGGAGCAACCGAGUACCGGGGUCUUGGGCCGUAUUGGGAGCUGGUUCUCUCCAUGGAAAGGAAAGGGUCCAAAGAGUCCCACUGAAAAUGCCUCCCCAACAAGUGAUGAAACUGUAAAGUUAGAGGGAGAGAAGGAGAGUGAGGAGUCUGCGAGACCCCAGGCAGGAGAACAGCAGUGGGAGGAGGAGGAGAAGAAGCACAGCUCCAAUUCCAAUCCAGUGGGUCUCUCCAGAGACAGUCUCCUCUGUGAAGAGAAGGACGCCACGCAGUCUGCCCACAGACACGGCUCCGUUGUGAGCAGCACUGAGACAAGAGAAGGAGGUCCAGAAGAGGAGGAGUUUGUAGGAUGCAGGAAGAAGAGAACAGGGCAGGGCAAGGAGAGGGAGGAGAGCAGCAACGGUACUUCAGCGAGCGGGAAUCCUGAGAAGAAUGCCAGUCAUCUGACACAUCACUCUUCCUCUUCUAAACAGGGAGUGGUAUGGGACUCUGACUGGGCCCACACCCAGCCUCAGGCCCAGAGACAAGCGCAGGCCCAGGCAGGCAAAAGGCUCCAUGUGUACCUGGAGGAGACCAGCGUGAUUCACUGCGGCCAAGACGCAUGUACUGGACAGGAAGUUGUCCGCACUGAAGUCACAAAAAGCCUAAAGGUCCUCCAAAAGGCAAAGUCAUCGCCAAGUUUUGAUUUACAAAAAAACUCUAGCUCAACAAGUGCAGAGAACAAAAGGACAAAUGUCAGGCCUGCUGUUGGGACACAGAGUUAUUACAGUGCGCUAGUGGGAGUGUCACUGAAAUCACACAAAGACUCACAGUUAGAGCCUGAACCUGAUAAAGAACAAACAGAGGCAGACGGCAUGGGGCGUAAAAAUGCAGCCAAAAGGAAAUUCAGGAAGAACUCUCAGGGAGAUGGAGGGAACAGCCCCCAGGAAAAAAUGCCGCCCAGUGCUCAACCUGUUGCAGAGGGAUUCCCUUCAUCAGAUAACUCAGUGACCAGUCCUCAGGGCAAAAGUCCAAAGACUCACAUGGGAGAGUCAUCUGUAAACUCUUCCCUCAAGCACAACCCCACCCCUAAGGCCUCACCUGAAGGAGGGGAAAGUGAGACUUCCUGCCCCGGUACGGUCACAGAGUUGGACAAAUUCCAAGAUUCAAACUCAGUCACUGCAAACGCUCCAGCAUGUGCGGUUGAUGGGAGAGCAGACAUGGAGGACGACGACUGCCUUUACAAAGUGGAAAGGAAGACAGAGACACCAGAGUCCAAACGCAGGAGUAUUAAGGUUUCUCGAAGUGAGGUGAAGCUCUUUACAAAAUAUGUGCCUUUGAACCCUGUGAAAAGUCCAGCGGAAGACAGCCAGGAUUCUACAUCAGCAUUAAAGAAUACCAAAGAUGAAGAAAAGGAAAAGCCCACAACAGAGAUAGAUGCAAGACUACAUGACCAGGGGAACCGUGAUGAGGAAGCUAAACCAGUCAUUGGACGGAUUGCAGAUAAAAUCAGCCUCUUUGAGCGGCAGCAGGUGGCGGGGGGCCAUAAGCAGACCUUCCAAACACCGAGAAGUGCUGACGUCUCUCCAGUCAGGAAAGCCACUGACAGACUGAAAGCAGAAUUUGAGUUGUCGAACCAGAGGUCGAGAUCGGCUGAACGUUGCAGCACAGAAAGGUCCAGCUCUGCGAUAACUGAGAGGGAGAAGCUGCUGUCAGUCAAGGAGCGAGCGAGGAACUUUACAUUGACAUCUAAAUCAGAGGGUGAACCAACGCUGCCUCAAAAGCCAGCCAUGACAGGAAUGUCUCAGAAAUCCACGUCAUCUGCAGCAGUUGCAGCAUCAGCGUUGCCAAAACUGGACAGUCAGGGUAAACUGGAUACAAAAGAGCAGGUAGAGAUGACAACAAUGUCAGAGAUAACAUUAAAACCAGAUGGACAAGAUACAGCCUCUGUAGAUGUAAAGAUCUCUGUUCCAAAAGAACAACCAACAGACUCCAAAACAACAGACACAGUAGCCUUGAAAACAGCAGAUCAGGAUACAAAACCUAAAUCAGAUGUCCCAGCUAAAGGAACAGAUGAUUCUUCAGAAAUGACUGGUAACAUUAGUCCACAGUCCAAAGGCCCUAGCAGAACAGGCUCCCGCUCUAAAAGAAGAAAAAGUAGAGAACCCACCAGUCCAAACAGUCCAAAUAGUGAAAACAAACCUACAAGCAAGCCAAAGGUCACUGCUAUAAAACAGGAGCAGGUGGAUAAUACAGCAGAGACUGCCUCCAAACAGCUCACAGACAAAGUAUUGUUAUUGUCUGAAAAAGCACAAGGAAAUACAUCAGAGAAAGAGUUACAGUCUGAUACCAAACAGAAAUCUGUAAAAAAGGAAUCGGAUGUGUUAGAGAAAGAGAAGAAACUGUUCAAUUCUUCAUUGAAAAAGGAGAAUAUUGACAAACCAGUCAACAGACAGGAGGGGCUGCCGGAACCAUCUGUCAGCAACAAUGAACCUGAUACUCCUGCUUGUAACAGUGGAACAAAGAAGCCUAUUGAUAAGGAUUCCGUUAUUUUACUCCAAAAGGAGGAAAAGGCAGGGGGGGACAGCCUUUUGUUCACACAGGAGAGAGAAAAAGACUCCAAGGACAACACAGAAACUUCAGCCUCCUCCCCCUCACCUGCUAUCAAGAAGAUUCCUUCAGUGGAGCAGGAGUCACCUGUUGAACACCCCAAAUUAGAUAAAGAUUUGUCAACGCAACCUGAAUCAAAAAGUAAAGGAAAGGUAAGGCAGCCAAUUAAAAAGGACACAAGAAAAAAAUCACAACUUCAAAACAAUGACACAGACACAUUAAAUCUUUCUGAGAGUAAGGAUGUGAAGAAACUAGAAAUGUUGGGGAGUGAAAACACAAAUCAGACUGAGAGGAAAAACAAAGAAAAACCACAGGAGCUCCUAUGUUCAGAUAAAAAUACCACAGAUGGCAAGGUUUCAAAGAGUGAACAAGGUAUAGCAGGGACAGAGGGAAGUGUUGUUAAGGAUGAUGAAAGAAAAAAUGCUGAAAGAAAAGAGGACAAACAGCCCAUCAAAGACACAACAAAACCAGAAGCCAGCCAACAAGAACUGGCCUCUGAGUCAUCAGAAAAGACCAGAGAAUCAUCAGUGGACCUCCCUGCUCAAACACAACAUGUUAGUCAGACGGCGACUGCACAUCCAGAGAAAGAUGCUAUUUGCGCCGUCACCCAGACUAAUGAGGCCGUGAGUCGGGCUGAAAGCAAUAAAGGGCCUUCGAAGGGUGAGACGGCAACAAAUGCUCCUCCAGAGUUGCAAACAAAGUCUGCAGAAAGCUCUGGAACAGAAACAGAGCCAGUGGUGACUGCAGCAGAACCACAGUCUAAAUCUGUAGCAGUGGAAAAAACUGAGAAUUCACCCGAUGACUCAUGUACACAUGGAGCUAAUGAUGCAGAGUUCUCCAACACAGGGCUUAUUACCAAAGCAUCCACAGCAAUUGAGGAAGUGACUGUAAAAGCAACUAAUGACAGUCCAGCACUGAUAACUGUUGCUGACAACAUGGCAGAGGGAGAAUCAUCUGUUAAAGAACCUUCCCCUAUUUCUGUCUCUACAUCUGCAAACGGCCAGGGAGCAGGGCAGGAUGAUGGGAAAAAAAGUUCAACUGUGAAAACAGUGCCCUCAGAAGACAAAAUGUCAGGAGAUGUAAAGGAACUGGCUCCUAUCCCUUCACUCAAGGGCGCAGAAGAAAUAGCACAGAGUCCUUCUGAUAGUAGUACUUCUAAAUCAACAGUUAAUGUGAUAGAAGAGACAGUUGAGAAGACAGUCAGUCCGCCAGGGAAUGAACCUCUGCCCGUUGCUAAUGGCGAUUUCUCCCCACAUCCACAACCCCUCACUGUCACAAAGGAACAGAUCAAUGACAAGCCAAGUCAAACUCCAAAAGCACCCACUUCUCCAGAGGCUAAUAAGUUGACCCCAGAUCCAAAAGCACCCACUUUUCCAGAGGCUAAUAAGUUGAUCCCAGAUCCAAAAGCACCCGCUUUCCUAAAGGCUAAUAAGUUGAUCCCAGAUCCAAAAGCAUCCACUUCCCCAGAGGCUAAGAAGCUGACCCUAGACUCAACCCAGCGUUCAUCCAUGAAGAAGCUGCAUUUGCCACGGGGACUAAGCAAAGACGAUUCUUCAAAACCACAAGACGUUCCAUCUAGCUGGCUGGAUGUGGACUUUCCCAAACGGAAACUUAAAGUCCCAGAGCCCAAACUGAGCUCUUCCGGGAGUGAGAGCAAUCUUCUGGACACUUCUGGUGAUCUAGAUGAUGAUGAUUUCAUUGAGAAAAUCAAGAAACUUUGCGCCCCCUUUUCACUCCCACCACGUAAACACAACCACCUUCGGACACCUCAGCCCCCCUUCGCAUUGCCGGCGAUCAAGGAAGACCGGUUUGAGAAGACGUUUGACCCAGAGGAGUUUAAGUUUGGCUUGAGGAAGAAGAAUCACUUCACUUUAGAUACAACCCCAAGUCUCUUAGUCAAACUUCAGAACACAGAGGCUAAAUCUGGCCUGAAGCCUGCCAGAGCGAGUUUGGCCGAUAGAAGCAUGCUGCUCAGUAGCCUCGACACUGACUCUCGGCUCAGGGAUAAAACCCCUGUCAAGGAUAAGGAGGAUGUCAAGGAGGAGAAAGAUGAUAAGAUCAAGGUGAAGUCUCGCUUGGAGGGGAGCUGUGUCCUCAGCAGCCUCACCUCCUCUAGCUUUAGAGGGAAGAGGAAUGGAGUUCAAAUGCAGGCAGAAGGCACCAGCUCUGACGACAUUUCGCCCAGUGAGGCCCCCCAGCCAAGCCCUCCACCUUUAUCCCAGCCACCCCCGCCAAGCCCAACUGCCACAGCUCCAAUCAAAGACGUGCCGGCCAAGCAGAGCUCUGCCCUGAGCAACAGAGAGGAAGCCCAAGCUGUGGAGGCUGUGGUCAGUGACUCAGGUCCUCCACUUCCUUCCUUUAACGACAUCAAGCUGCCGGACUAUUUAGAGAAGUACCUCCCCCGAGAACCAGCAAAACCAGUGCACAGCACACAAGGACAGGAGCAAGUCAGUCAAGAGGCUAUAGGGAAAAUGACAACUCUGGUUCCUGGAGAUGAAACAGACCUGGCUGUAAAAUCAGGUCCGGUGCUUCCUGAUCCUGUGCCUCCACGUUUUCCUGGGAUUCUGCCAACCACACACCCUGCACUCCCUGAGCAGCCUCCAGCUCAGCCCCAGGCGAUACUUAGUAAUCAUAUAAGAGCUGCCAAAGGAUUUCACAAGCGCCCUGGAAAGAUGGUGUUGUUUGAGAAAACUGAGUUCAGUGGCCAAGCAUAUGAAAUUUACAGGGAUGUAGCAGAUGCUACGUCUCUGCAGCUCUCGCCUCUCAUAUCUGUCAAAGUUGUUAGAGGAUGCUGGGUGCUCUACGAGAAGCCUGGCUUUCAGGGACGGUCCAUCGCCUUGGAGGAGGGGGGAAUAGAAUUGACUAAUGUGUGGGCAGAGCCUGGUUUGGAGACAGAACCACACAACAUUCCGCCAAUGCAGAUUGGCUCUAUUCGACUUGCUGUCUGGGAUUACAGCAUACCCCGUAUUGAUCUGUUUACUGAACCGGAGGGCCGCGGAAGGGUAACACCUUACCACGACGACACUAUCGAGACAGGCUCAUUUGGCAUCCCACUGAGCACUGCCUCCAUCCAAGUGCACUCUGGGGUGUGGCUGGUGUUCAGUGACCCAGGGUUUCAGGGCAUGCUGGCUGUGCUGGAGGCAGGAGAAUACCCCUUCCCUGAGACCUGGGGCUUUCCAUCACCCUUCGUGGGAUCUCUGAGACCACUUAAAAUGGGUGGUUUCAAAGUGGAGAAUCCCAGUGAAGUCAAGGCUGUGGUGUAUGAAAAGCCAGGGUUUGAGGGCUCCUGUUUGGAAAUCGACAGUGACAUAUUCAGCUUUUCUGAGGGUGAAGGGGAUGUUGCCGCAGAUGGCGCAAACCUUACCUCAAAGAAACUGACGUCUGUGGGUUCUUUAAAGAUCACUGGAGGACUCUGGGUGGGAUACAGCCAGCCUGGGUUUGAGGGCCAACAGCACAUCCUGGAAGAAGGAGAGUACCUGGACUGCAGCGACUGGGGAGGCUCAGGGCAGCUCCUAUCAUUGCGACCAAUACUGUCUGAUUUCUUGUCUCCACACCUCAAAAUGUUCAGCGACAGAGAUUUUGGCGAGCUGGGACUGAACAUUGACCUCACUGUGCCUGUCAUUAACAUGGAUGACACAGGCUAUGGCAUGAAGACACAGUCUAUUGAUGUCAUCGGAGGCAUCUGGGUUGUGUUUGAAGAGCCGGGCUUUUGCGGUGACUUGUACAUCUUGGAGAAAGGCAUGUACGGAAGCCCGGAGGACUGGGGUGCGCUGCAGCCUAGAGUUGCCUCAGUAAUGCCUGUCACGCUGGAUGAUUUCGAGAACGCAGCCAAGUUUAAGGUGCAGCUUUUCUCUGAUCCAGGUUUUCAAGGCUCUGUUCUCCCUCUGGAGGACAGUGUGGCGUCCCUGCAGGAUGGUUUCUCUGUGGCCUCUUGUAAGGUUCUAGCUGGCAGCUGGCUGGCAUUUGAGGGCCAGGACUUCACUGGCAGAAUGUAUGUGUUAGAAGUGGGGAGCUACCCAGAUCUGAGAGCAAUGGGCUGUGUAAAUGCCACCUCAUCCAUCCAGUCACUGCAGACUGUUGGCUUUGAGUUCUCACUGCCUUCCAUCACCCUCUUUGAGCGCUGCGGUCUGCGGGGGAAGAGAGUGGUUCUGACAGACGGAUCGGUCAACCUUCAGCUGGCUAGAGGCUGUACUAGAGUCCAGUCUGUGCUAGUGGAAGGAGGCAUGUGGGUACUAUAUGAGGGAAUCAACUAUCGGGGGGCUCAGAUUUUGCUGAAACCUGGCGAGAUUCUCGACUGGCGCAAGUUCAGCAGCUGGCAAAAAAUCGGGUCCCUCCGCCCUCUCAUACAGAAGCAAGUGCACUUCCGUGUAAGGAACAGGCAGACAGGGCUCUUGAUGUCAGUGACGGGAGAUCUAGAUGAUGUCAAACUGAUGCGGAUACAAGAAAUGGAGGAGACCGGUGGACUCGAGCAGAUCUGGUGUUACCAGAAUGGACAUCUCCACUGCAAGCUGCUGGAGGAGUGCUGCCUGAGUCCCAGCGGCAGCGUGACCAUGGCAGGAAGUCGCGUGGGUCUCACCCCAGAGCCGCACAACCAAAUCAACCUCUGGAGUAUCACUCCUGAGGGCUUUAUCUGCUACACCCCCACCCCUGAUCUGGUCCUGGAAGUCAAAGGGGGCCAUCACUAUGACAAAAACCAACUGAUUCUGAACUCACUUGAUCCAAACAAACUCCAACAAAGGUGGGACGUGGAGAUUAUCUGAAAACAUUGGAGAAGCUGAAACAAAUCCUAAUGUUAUCAGAGGCGCAGCGUCGGAGGCUUUGUUCUGCAGCUGCCUGACAAGUGCUCAAGGACGAGGUACGCCACUGUAGAUGCUGCACCUUCGCUGAGGGAGAAGAACUAUAAAAAUUUCUAAAGAGGUCAACGUGGAGAGCUAUGGAUAAAUCCAUAUGAAUGUACGAUUACCCACUGAACACGCAAACAGUGGAGUCUGAACUUGUAAUACGUAAUCUUUUACAGUUCUGGUAAUAUAUCCAAAGGUUAGUAUUUUGUCUUUUUAUUGGAUAAUUCUGUUUGCCUGAUGUUAAUUAACUUAAACAGUGUUAACACAUUUUCAUAUAUUUUUAUGCCAUGUCAUAUUAUACAGUAUAUUCCAGCUGCAUGCAAGCAAAAAAUACUGUUUCACCUGAAAUGUGUCUUUUAUCUUUGUUUAAUCAGAACUAUACACACAAGUCUGUUUUCAAAAUAAAAGUAUUUUUGUCAAUAAAUUUCUCAGAUACAUUGUA